UUUAAUGAGAUUUCUACUGCAAGAGCUCGCGUCUGGCCAAAGGCAUUGCUUUGGGCGCCUAAUUUCUCUUAAGCUGCUUGACACUUACAUAAAGUACAAAUUCUCAGGUGGUGAAUGGAGUGCCGCUGGCCGUGGUGAAGGGGGUAGCAUUGCUAAGAACGUCAUGCAUCAUGAUGGUGUCAUGCCGGGUGCACAUUGGAUGCGUCAGCCUGUAAACUUCGAACGUGUAAAGAUAACCAACAAUCCCAAUGACACAAAUCCGAGUCAUAUCUUUCUGCAGUCAAUGCAUAAGUAUAUCCCCAUCGCUCGUAUACGAAUCCCACAGACAGAGUUUGUUGCCGUCACUGCAUACCAAAACAAUACCAUCACCCAACUAAAGAUCGAGCAUAAUCCAUUUGCGAAAGGAUUUCGUGAU